AUGACGCUCGGGUACUCCACGUCCCAUGCCAGCUUCCGCUCGAAGCACUCGCGAAACUUCUCAUUCGACCCUGGCGGGAACGUCGAGUACGGCACCUCGAUUUCCCCCUCCUCCACGCGUCUCCUCCAAUCCCCCCGUCCUGCCGGAUUCCCCUGUUCCUGCUGUGCGGGUACAGUCCUCCCCCAGUUCCGCCGUCCUCCUGCCGCAUUCGCCCCGCCUUGCCAUCCUAAGUUCCCCCGAUCCGCCUCUGCUCCCGCCCUGGCGCGAUCUUGCCACCCCCAUUUCCACGGGUCUCCCCGUCCGGCUGAUUCAGCCCGCUCGUUCCGCGGAGUGUUCCCCCUGUCCCCUGGUUCUUCCCUCCCCGCACCCCCGCCUCUGUUUCCCCGUUCUCCUGUCCCUGGGCCCCAACGCCUGUGGUCCGGUUCUCCUGAAGUGGCGCCAUUUGGAUUUCCCGGGCCACGUGUCCCGCUCGCGACUCCGCUCCCAACGCCUGCUCUUGCGCCUGUGUGGACGUAUGAUCGCCCCACUCGCAUUCUCGACGGCGCGUUUUCGGCGGACUGGGACGGGUGGGUGGGGUGGGGCAUAGGCGUGCGCAUGGUGGGGGCGAGCGCGCUCGUGGCGUUCCGUGCAAGCGAGACGGAGUAUUACUUCUCGCAGUACUACCUGGCGGAUUACAACGCGAGCCUCAUCAAACAGGAUACAGGGACCUUGGAUUUGGUUCCCAACAGCGUCAAGGUGCACAUUCAAGGAGCCACGGUGCGAGUGAUGUUUGCAGUGGUGCUACCGGAGGGGCAGACGCCAGGGCUGUACGUCAUCAUGGCCAAGGGGCAGGGCGGCAACGGUGACACGGGGGCUUUGGAGCCCCACAGCCCCUUCAACACCGCCCGCACCUACCUGCGCCUUGCAGGUGCUGGACCCCCACAGUGGUUGCAAGCAGCACACGGCCUGGUCAACCUGCUCGCCUGGGGUCUCAUCCUCCCCAUCGGCAUGCUACUCGCCCGCCACCUCCCCCAACUCGACCCCUCCGCCUCCUCCUCCUCCUCCGCCUCCGCCUCCUCCGCCCCCUCCUCGGCCUUCCCCUUCCCCUUCCCCUCAUCCGCCGUGGCGGUGGUAACCAGCGGGCCUGGAACGCCCUCGUGGGUGAAGCUGCAUAGGAUGGUGCAGGCGGGGGGGUAUGCGCUGGGCGCGUUUGGGUUCUUUCUCGGGCUGCUCAUGUGGGGGGAUGCGCAUGAGGGGCAUGUGCGCCUGAGGGGCGUGGGGGGCGAGGAGGCAGGCGAGUUUGACCCGGGGGCUCACAGGCGCUAUGGCAUCACGCUGUUCGUACUCGCUUCGUUUCAGGUGACUGCUCUCAUGGUCAUUCCCCAUAAGGACGCUCUGCUGCGCCCCUGGUGGAACCUCCUGCACCACUGGAACGGACGCCUGGUGGUGCUGCUGGGAUUGAUCAACGUGUGGCAUGGCAUCUCGCUGCUGCACCCCCACUCCAUGGUGUGGUCCUUCCUGUACGGCAUUCCCUUUGGUCUCCUCCUCAUCAUCGCAUCACUCCUUGAAGCAUUCACCCUCUGGAAGUGGCUUAUGGACGAUGCCCCCACCACCGCCUUCCAGGCCGAUAUCAUAGCAACUGCCAUUCCUAGAUUCCACCCAGUGGAUUUCACUUCAGCUCUCUCCUCACACUACUUCUCGUCGACUUUCGCGCUCCUCCAGAGGUUAUUUCCCCCCAUUCAUCGGCGCCUUCCCCCCGGCCCCAUGCUGCAGCGCGCCGUUUCCGCUGCCGGCAUCGCAUCGCCUCUCCGCGCCCCUCUCCUUUCCGCUCCCCACCACCAAUUCCGCUCCCCGCGCCACUUUCCUUUCCGCCCUCCCCGCCCAGCUUCCGCCUCCGCGCUUCUUCCCGCUUCUCUAGGUCCCGCGGGCCCCACUGCGCCUCGAUUUCCGCCUUCCCCCGCAGUCCACUCUGCCCUCCUUCCGCACACUCCCAGCCUCCGCCGGCCCGCGCAUUCAAUCUCCGCCUCCGCGGCUUCGGCAGGUGAAUCCAUGGCGGAACCGGCGGCGGGCGCGGAGGGUGCGGCGGGCGCGGGGGUGGCGAUGGAAGUAGAGGUGAAACUGCGGUUAGCGAAUAAGGAGGCGCACGCGCGCGUCGCGGAGCUGCUGGCGGCCAAUCACCGCGUGACACAUCAGCAGGAGAACGUGUUCUUUGACGGGGCGAACGGCGAGCUGAGUCGCAACCGCAUCGUGCUGCGGCUUCGUUUUUACAACAGUGACAGCAAGUGCGUUGUGACUGUAAAAGGGAAGACCAUUAUGGCGGAUGGCAUCGGACGCUCCACUGAGGAGGAGGAGGACAUCGAACCUGCCUUCGGCCGCGCAUGUGUGGCGGACCCCUCGUUGCUGCAAUCCGCAUCCACGCCUCUUCUCUCCUCUCUGCCUGCCCGCUUCUCCUGCCCGCAGUUUGUGUGUCUGGGGGGGUUUCGCAACACUAGGACCGUGUUUGAGUGGCGGGGCAACACGAUCGAGCUCGAUGAGACUCAGUUUGCCUUUGGCACACAGUACGAGAUUGAGUGCGAGACGAGCCAGCCAGAGCAACUCAAAGCAGAGCUACACCUCAAACCUCCCCUCCCACCCACGUCCCCACAACCCCCCCUGCCACCACCCCCCACCUUCCCCACUGACCUCUCCCUUUUUCGCAAUGUCCCUUUUUUCCUACCGAUUUUGUGCGCUCGUAUUGGAUGGUUGCAGGGGGGAGUUUUUGCAAGAGCAUAA